CUGUGGUGGAAUGCGUCGAGACUCGGACUUCCCUGAACAAGUUGGUGUGAAAAGUAAGUUUUGAGAGAGUGGAAAACUUCUGGAAAGCGUGACGAAAACAUCGACGGACGUCGAACGAACACGGAGGCUGAUCAAGCAUGGCCUCUCAGACCGCAUUUAAUCUCUGCACAGACGUCUUCGUGAUCUCUGGAGGUGCUUCGCAGCCCGAAGAGCCAGAAGUAAGUGUAGUUCCUGGUACACAGCUUGUAAUGCUGGCCAACGUCGUCCUCAACACGGAAUCUCCGCCAGAAGAGGAGAAGCAGAUGGCAGAACUGAUAAACGUCGACUGUUGUGGCUACUCAGACAGCGAGGAGGACAGCGCGGUUCACUACAGCUACGAUGAGGCGUCCAAAACUGCGGAUGAAGGGACCGGGAUGGGAGAAAGCAAAGUAGAAAAAGUUGUCGAAUCUGCUGAGACGGUGCCGACCGACCUUUCGAAGAAAUCUCCCGAAACGGAAUGUCCCGCAACGCAGAAACAAGGUUCCGUUGCUGUGCCAAACGCGGCAGCGCCGGGACCCGCAAAGAAAAAGAAGAAGCCGUUCUACUGCAAGCCGUGCCACUUCCAAGCCGAGUGUGAAGAAGAAUUCCUCAAGCACAUCCGCGUCCACAGCGCGAAAAAACUGAUUGCGGAAAAGGCAGGAAGUGGAAAUUCGGACGACGAAUCGAAUCAGGCGCAGCAGCAGUCUGCAGAAAACUGUGUCAAAGGCGUGAUCUGCUGCGAGCGCUGCGGCUACAACACCAACCGUUACGAUCACUACGUCGCACACCUGAGGCACCACAAGAACGAAGGGGACGAGCAGCAGGUGUUCAGGUGCACCAUCUGCCCGUACUCCACCGUCAGCCAGUAUCACUGGAAGAAACACCUGAGGAACCAUUUUCCCAGCAAGCUGUUCACUUGCAACCAGUGCAGCUACUUCUCGGAUAGGAAGAACAACUACAUCCAGCACAUUCGCACACACACCGGUGAGCGUCCUUUCCAGUGUAUUUACUGUGACUAUUCGAGCUCCCAGAAGACCCAUCUUACACGGCACUUGAGAACACACUCCGGUGAGCGACCGUUCAGAUGCGACAGCUGCAGCUAUUUGGCAGCCAAUCAGCACGAGGUAACGCGUCACGCCAGGCAGGUGCACAACGGACCCAAGCCGCUCAACUGUCCUUACUGCCAGUACAAAACAGCCGACCGAAGCAAUUUCAAAAAGCACGUGGAGCUGCACAUCAAUCCACGACAGUUUCUUUGCCCCGUCUGCAAGUAUGCUGCAUCCAAGAAAUGCAACUUGCAGUACCACAUCAAGUCCAGACACCCGGGAUGCUCAGAUAUCUCCAUGGAUGUGUCCAAGGUCAGGCUGAGGGUGAAGAAAGCGGAUGGAGAUGAUUUGAAGCCGGCACCAGAAACGAGGACGAGAGUGAGACGAAAAGCGGAGGCGUCUGAGGAUGCCGAUUCAAACGUAGGCCCCAUCAACCUCUCUAUUAAAAAGAGCGGAAAGGCAAAUUUGGACGGCGAGAGCGGCAAAAAACCUGCAUCCGAACCCACGAAAGAAAAAUCGUGUGAGAAGAGAGCAGAGAAAAGAGCUGCACUGAGAAAUGAAGGAAAGGAAAUGAGCAGCAAGAAAGCGAGACUCAAAGAAACUGCCCCCUGUGUUGACAAACAAGACGGAAAGAAAGACAAGGAGGUGAGAAAAGCCGAGAAGGUUGCGAAAUCUGCAGACAAAGUCACUAAAAGUUGUGCAAAAAAAGAAGAAAAAUCUGCAAAGGAAAAGAAGGAGACACUCGCCAAAAAUCAGGACGAUGAAGAGGAAAACCGAGCUGAUCUCGAGAAGAGGCAGCAGAAUCCCAGGGUGGAGAAAGAAAUGAGAGCGAAGGAGCAGAAGCAGAGAGAGGAAGAGGAAAGGAAAGAAAGAAAGAGGCAGGAGGAUGAACAGCUUGAGAGAGCAAAGAAAGAGAAGGAACAGAAGCAGAGGGAGGAUGAGGAAAGGAGAGAAAGAGAGCGACAGGAGAAAGAAAGACUUGAGCAAGAAUUGAGGGAGAAGAGAGAAAGAGAGAGGGUGGAGAAAGAAAGGAGGGAAAAGGAGGAGGAGGAGGAGCAGCAGCGGAGAGAAAGGGAGAGGCUGGAGAGAGAGAAAGAGCUGAAGCAGAAGGAGGAGGAAAGAAGAGAACGUGAGAGAGUGGAGAAACAAAGGAUGGAGAAGGAAGAAGUGGAACGGAGAGGAAGAGAGCGGCUGGAGAAGGAACGCAAACUCCAGAAAAGAGAGUUGGAAAAUGUGAAAGGUGUUCAAAAGGCACCGGCCAGGAAAGCAACCAAGAAACAGACAGGAGCAGUGAAUCGUGACGUCGUGGAGGAAUCUCGGAAACGGAAGAAAGUCGAGCCAAAAAUACCGAAACGCAAAAAAGUAGAGAGCGCACCCUCCCGUCAGGUAGAGAAAUCCAAACGCAGGAAGGUGAAGGGUGCAAACAGCCCACGCACGAGCACACCUGGAGAGAUGAAGAGUUCAAAGGGCGAAAGCAAAAACGCAAACAAGGUAGCGGUUAGUGUUGAGGUCCCAAGUCCAUGCGUGGAGACUGAUGAGGCAGCAACAGCUCCGGAACUUUCCACCGAGCCUGAAAAAGUGCAGUCCGGCCCAGGAAAAGAUCAAAGCUCAACAGAGAAGGAGCUGAGAAAAACCAAAAAUCUGUCCGAGAAGCCAUGUUCAGAAGACAAAGUCACAAGAACGAAGGGCACCAAGGAAGCACAGACAUCUUCAGACAUUGACAGUGGGACCGAUAGUCCAACACUGGAUCUGUCCAAACCGCCGUGCAGCAAAUCUCAGGAUGGGGAAGACGACGAGGGCAUCCACAGCCACGACGGAGGGAGUGACGUCAGUGACUGUGCCUCCGAGGUAAGUUAUGACUCCGGGCUCAACGGGAAGCUUCCGGAAACACCGACCGAAGAACUUCCGUCGCCCACGCAGCUGCUCAGCCACACGUGUGUGUUCUGUGACCGUACGUUCCCGCUGGAGAUGGACUACAGGCGGCAUCUCAAUCGCCAUCUGGUUAACGUCUAUUACCUGGACACUGCAACGCAGGGGAGCAUUUCGACUAAAGGUUUUCAGCCAUCACGGUCAUGAAAAAGCGUUCAGCAGGAACCCUAAUUCAAGGCAGCUGGACACUCUAACCAGUUAAUCACCAUUUUGUCACUUGUGAAACUGACUCUGUGAGCUUUGAGCUUUUUAGGCGUGGCGAAAUGUAGAUGCGGUUGGUAAUUUCUGUCUGACUGGCGUUUAUUGCUGUGUGCACUCAAGUAAGAAGAAAAUCAGCGUUUAAUAAAAGGUUUGGAAAUCAGCCCGGAAAUGUUUGUUCAGUUUGACCGACAAAAAUAGUAUUUUUUUGUAAGACGGAUAAUUACGGCUUGCUAGCACUCCAGAAGAAAGCAGCAGAGUUUAGAAAUUCUGGCCAGCCAAGAUUUCAGGAGGCUGUCUUGUAUGGUUGCUUAUUUUGGAUUUCUCAGACAACAGUUCUGUGAAUGUUAUCAGAACUUUUGCACAGAACCAUGAUGAUAUUGAAUACUGAUACAGUACAUGCUUGAUGAUUAUCUUAUGUCCUGUGGGAGUUGAUCAGAUGUAGAAACGAGCCAAGCAUUGCUUUUGACAUUGACUUUCUUUUCGUACUUUGUGUCUUUUGAGCACUCGAAUGGAGACGGACUGAACAUUUUGUUCCUUUUCAGCUUCGUAAUUCGGGCCAAAGAUUGUCUGUUUCUUGCUCCUGUUUCCCUUUGGGAAGAGUUUGGCCAAAAAUGAAAUGCACACAUUGUUCCCCUUGGACUGAAAACAAGUCAGCAUCUCUUAGCUGUGAGCAACGUUAACUUUUUCACUCGAGUUCAGUCCAGUUAUUGCUUUUCUUCUCUCUCUCUUUUUUUUCCCCCUCUUUUCUUUUUUAUGCUUCUGACAAUCUCUGUCCUCCUUCCCCCUGGUCAUUUUGUACUUUUUUUUUUCUUGGUAGGAAUUUCUCUUUUCUCCUGCUGUGCCCUGGUUUUAAAACGAGUAGCCCCCCCACCCCCCACCCCCCCUCCCUCCCCAUUAAGUGCAAUAUUGUAUAUUGGACAUACCAAAGUGGAAAAACUUCCCAGGCCUCCAUCUAACUUUUUUUUUUUUGUAAAAAAAAACCCCUAAAACUUCAAUUAGCUGGAUAGAUGAGAACUGCUAUGACUGUAAAUGUUUCUCGGAGAUUUUACUCAUAUGGAUAUAAGAAGUCUUUUACAGAUGUAAUCUAGAGUGCUUUAUAUUCGUAGUGCAGAUACUAACAUCGGCUCUGUUCAUGUUUUGUGGAGGAAAUGUGCUUUUUAGAAAAUGUAAUUCUGUGUACUUGUAUGAAAUGAACCAGUAUAUCAAUAAAAAUCAGUCAUAAAUGUGAA